AUUAGGUGGUUAACUAUUGUCGCUGUACAUUGCCAAUACUGGAGGAGUCGCUAUGAGCAAUGCGCAAUGCGUAAUGCACAUUUGCAACCACACCCAAAAACGCGGGUAGUACUGUACCAAACACAUGAAAAUUAUAAACAACGCGUAGUAGAAAUUUUUCACAAAUGUUACCGAACCAAAGCGUUAACACUACACAGUAACACAAGGCUAUAAUGAGUGAAGCUGAAGAUACAGUAGUGGCAAGGAUGCAAUCACCAGCAUCAACACCAUCCACCAAAGAAACAAUUGUUAUCCUGGACGAAGAGUCAACGCCCAUCAAGAGAAAACAAGAAGAAAAUGAAGAACAAGAUGGAAGUAAAAGAAUUAAAAUAAGUGAUGAUUCGGAAACUGAAGCAGGAGGAGGAUUGGCUACACCAGAUUUGACUCUGACUACGCCUGUUCCAGAAGCUCCGCCAGUAAAGAAACCCACCAAGAAAGAAUUGCAAAAGAUUGAGAAUCAGAAGAAACGAGAAUUGGAGAAAUUGGAACGAGACAAGAAGAAAGAAGAGGAAAGACUUGCCAAGGAGGAAAGUAAAAGGUUACGAGAGGAAGAAAGAUUAAAGAAACUAGCUGAAAAAGAAGCCGAGAAAGAGCAAAAGAGAAAGAAGCUUGAAGAAGAAAAGCUUCAGCGAGAAAAGAAGAAGGAAGAGGAAAGACUUCAAAAACAAGCUGAAAAGGAUGAGAAAGAAAGGUUAAGACGAGAAAAGAAACAGAAGGAGGAAGAGGAGAAAUUACUCAAGGAAGCUGAGAAGAAGAAGCUAGAAGAAGAGAAGCGUAAACAGGAGGAAUUGAAAGAAAGGAGUCAAGCCAAAAUCUCCAAUUUCUUCAAAGUUUCUUCCAAACCAUCUCAAGCGGCUUCUCCUACAAAAUCAGCAUCUACUUCUACUUUUGGUAAUGACCAGAGUUCACAAACUACCCAGAAAGUGUCUGAUUACGAGUCUGACUUUUUGCCAUUUUUCAUUCAGAAGAAUGUAAUUUUAGCUGAUAAUGGUCAGUUAUCUAAAGAGGAUCUUAAAUCUCAAGUAGAAGAAUUUGAUAAUGAAUUAAAAAAUUCAUGUCCUUCAGAAAAAUCAGACUUAAAGUCUUAUUUUGCCUCAUUCAGUUCACACAACAGUAUACCACAACUGACUACUAUAACACCUGAUGAUAUCGUUAAUGAACUUAACUCUUCUACCAGCUCCGAAUCCAUCAUAUACGAAUUAAUCCAGAAAUUACCUCCUAUUAAAUAUAUUCACUUCUAUGAAAAUAGUAAACCUCCAUAUGUGGGAACUUGGUGUUCUUCAAAGCAUCAAAGUAUUCUUAUCCCAGUGUCAAAUCCAAUAGAUACUCAAUUGACAGGAUUUGACUAUGAGUAUGACUCUGAUUUGGAAUGGAACGACAAAGAUGAUGAAGAAGAAGGUGAAGAUCUUGAUGAAGAUGAAGAAGAAGAUGACGAAUUAAUGAAUGCGGAAGAUGAUGAUAUGAAUGAUUUUGUAGAAGACAACUACCAGGACAGUUUAAACAGUAAAAAGAAGUUUCAUUCGUUGAUAAUUAUCAACAAGUGGAAUGAUGGUACAAAUGAUGAUGUGUUUAGCAAAUUGAUUACUGUACCUUUAGUAACUGAAGUGACUAUCGAACCUAUAGAUCCAAAUAAAGAUUACUGGAGCAUAACACAGACUAGUGAAACUAUAAAGUGUGUGACAGAUACAGUAAAGGAUUCAGGAUCAUCAGCAGCAUCAGCAUCUUCUUCUCUGGCAGGCACAGGGCAAGACACAAGCUCACCCAAUAUCCUCAUUCCACAAAAGAAAACUAUUCAAGACACAACCAUUCUUUCUGAACUAAUAGUUUUCAUCGAGAAAAACAAUGACUUCAGUAUCCAAACCUUGGUAGAAUUAUCGAAGAAACAGUUCAAGGACUUUACCAAGGCUCUCCUUAAGAAUACCAUCCAGGAUAUAGCCGUAUAUAAUAAGAAAACAUCGAACUGGGAUGUCAAGCCGGAGGUAAAAGCCCGGUACAUACAGCAAACAUAAUCGUAUAUAUCAUAUAUAUCGUAUAUACCUUUUAUAGUAGUUUAUAACUGAUUAUAGCAAUUAAUGAUUAGC